GACGAAGCCCCAUUUUUUUAAUUAGUCGUUUCGCUAUGCAAUUACAUUGCACAAUGGUAUAUCACCUAACAUCAACGAUGUAAAUCCCCUGAUCUAUAACGAACAUAGUAUGAAUUAUACAUAAUCUGAUUGCCACUGCCUCGCUGACUAAACCGGCGACUUCCUUGCAUUAGUGUCGGUGAACGAUGGUGCUUUUAAGGUGCGUCCUUUUAUUCGUAUCACUGAGAGCGAGUUUAGGCGGUUCCGUGGAGAACGUAGGGCCUCACGUACAUGCUACGGCCGGUGAAGUUUGGCCCAAGCCAAAGUAUCAGGAAGGGACGGAUCAGUUUUAUGUUGUGGACGCCCAGCUAUUCGAGUUCAAGUCAGACGUCAAGGGUUGUGACAUCUUGGACAAAGCCUUCUUGAGGUACCAACGCAUAAUUCUAGACGACUAUCGGACUGUAGAAAAUCAUGCUAACUCACUAAAUAGAAUCCGACAUGAAAAGACUUGGAAAGGGGACCCCCUUUUUCAGGGAUAUUUAAAAGAGUUGAAUGUAUCACUUGGAGGAAGCUGCGACUCAUAUCCUAAAGAUGAACAGAUUUUACAAAAAGAACAAUAUCGGAUAGUCGUCAACGAAACAGGCGCUUGGCUGAAUUCGGACACAGUAUGGGGCAUUUUAAGAGGACUAGAGACUUUCUCACAACUGGUAUACUUGGCGCGAGAUGAAGAAUCUUUGAGAAUCAACGUAACGGUAAUAGAAGAUACUGCGAGGUAUUCGCACAGAGGGUUGCUUGUUGAUACCUCGCGGCAUUUCAUCCCUGUCAAAAGUCUGUGUACCAUGCUGGAUGCUAUGUCGUAUAACAAAUUGAAUGUUUUCCACUGGCACAUCGUCGAUGAUCAGAGUUUUCCUUACGUCAGCAAGAGGUUCCCAAAAUUGAGCGAAAAAGGUGCGUAUACACAAAACCUCAUAUACCCAGUAUCAGAUGUCCAGUAUAUCAUAGACUAUGCCAGAGAUAGAGGAAUCAGGGUUAUACCAGAGUUUGAUUCACCAGGCCACACCAGGUCUUGGGGUGCAGCUUAUCCCGAGCUAUUGACAGAAUGUUAUUCCGGUACAACUAAAAAUGGAUUAUUGGGCCCGAUAGAUCCAACGAAAGCGAAGACGUAUAGUUUUUUAACAGAACUGUUCAAAGAAAUAAUAUCUGUAUUUCCUGAUAAAUAUAUCCAUUUAGGUGGAGAUGAAGUACCUUUUGACUGUUGGAAAAGUAAUCCAUCUAUUCAGCAAUUCAUGAGGAAAAAUAAUAUUACAGACUACGAACUGCUAGAAAAUUAUUAUAUCCAAAAUGUGUUGCAUAUAGUUGCAAAGUUGAACGCAACACCAGUUGUGUGGGAGGAGGUCUUUAACAAUGGCGUACAGAUUUCCGACGAUACAAUUGUGCACGUUUGGUACCCGAAUCGUUGGGAGAAAGAGCUGUUUAACGUGACCGAUGCCGGGCACUGGGCGGUACUAUCGGCGUGUUGGUACUUGGACAUGGUCAACAGCUACGGCAAUGGAGACUGGCUGAAGUACUACCGAUGCGAACCGACAAGCUUCAACGGUACCAAGCAACAGGCCGAUUUGAUUUUAGGCGGAGAGGCGUGUAUGUGGGCAGAGGCUGUGAACGAGUACAACAUCAUACAAAGAGUCUGGCCCCGAGCUUCCGCGACAGCUGAAAGGUUAUGGUCUUCAGUUGACGUGACAGACGAACAAGAUGCUGCAAGAAGGUUGGAAGAGCACACCUGCAGGAUGAACAGGCGAGGCAUUCAUGCUCAACCACCGAACGGUCCCGGGUUUUGCAGAUACUGAACAUAACCUGCAUCUUAUGUAAAAAAUGAAACACUUUUUUCUGUAUCAAGUUAUUUGUUAAUUUCCUGAGUUCCUAUGAUAAAAAAUUAAAGUAUCACAUGGUA